GUUGCUCCGGGUCCCAGCUCCACCUCUCGCUGCCUCCACAUCCCUCCCCUCCUCUCUCCUCUGCCAAGGAACCUCUGUCACCUGCUCUCAGACACCCGCAGCGAGCGGCACCGGCAGGAAAGGGCAGCGGGGAGCCACGGCAAGGGGACCCCCAGGCCGGGGUGCCGGGUGGGCUCUGCCUCCCACUCACUCUCCUUCAGCCUUCGGGGCAUCGGGCUCACAGCCUGUGCAGGCAGGACACGGAGCUUGACUGCUGGAGAAUGGCAGCAGGAUUUAACUAGGAAGGCACGGGAAACUGGGAGAGAACUCACGGGAGCUGAGCGAACUGCGGGAGACGAGAGCGGCUUCUCAGCACCGUUGCCUGGCCUGUGAAGCAACAUGAGUCACAAGGGAUCCCUCAACAGCAACCCCGGCUCAGCAAAUGGCAGCAUGGGCAAAGCCGAGGGAGCCUCCAAGCUGAGUGCAAAGGACUUGUAUGAACAAAGGAAAAAAUACUCCAAUUCCAACAUCAUUAUGCACGAGACUUCCCAGUACCACGUCCAGCACUUGGCCACCUUCAUCAUGGACAAGAGUGAGUCCAUCACGACAGUGGAUGAUGCAAUCCGGAAGCUCAUCCUGCUCAACUCCAAAGAGAAGAUCUGGACACAGGAGAUGCUGCUGCAAGUGAAUGACAAGUCCAUCCGGCUGCUGGACUGUGAGACACAGGAGGAGCUGGAGGACUUUCCCCUGCCAACAGUGCAGCACUGCCAGACAGUGCUCAAUCAGAUGCGCUAUUCCUCCAUCCUCCUGCUCGUGUGUCAGGAUUCUGAGCAGCACAAACCUGACAUCCACUUCUUCAACUGUGAUGAGGUGGAGGCAGAGAUGGUUCAUGAGGACAUAGAGAGUGCCCUGGCAGACCACAAGCACGGGAAGAAGAUACGGCCACAGACACUCAAGGCAAACCAGGAAAAGAUCAAGCAGAGACAAUCCAUCCUCCCCCCACCUCAAGGACCGGCUCCCAUCCCGAUCCAGCAUGACAUGCGAGGCUCAGCGAUGAACAGGAACAGGGUGGCACCUCCUUCCCAGCAUGAUCCAGACUAUGACCGACGAAGCUCUGGCUCUCAUGACCAUGAGGAAUCCCGUGCCAUGUUAGCACAGAAGAUUGAAAAGGAAACGCAAAUCCUGAACUGCACCCUGGAUGACAUAGAAGUGUUCGUUGCCCGGCUCCAGAAGGCUGCAGAGGCAUUCCGACAGCUCAACCAAAGGAAGAAAGGGAAGAAGAACAAGAAGAAAGGGCCAGCAGAGGGAAUGCUGACCCUCCGAGCAAGACCCCCGAGCGAGGCUGAGUUCAUCGACUGCUUCCAGAAAACCAAACUGGCUUUUAACCUCUUGGCCAAACUGAGGAAGCACAUCCAGAACCCCAGUGCUUCGGAGCUGGUGCAUUUCCUAUUUGGGCCACUGGAACUGAUCAUCAAUAGCUGUGGUGGCCCCGAGCUGGCCCGGUCUGUCCUCAGCCCACUGCUUUCUAAAGAUGCCACCGAUUUCCUGAGAGGACACCUGACACCCAAAGAGAUAAACCUCUGGGAUUCCCUGGGGGAGACAUGGACCAGAUCCAGAGCUGAGUGGCCCAGAGACGCGAACAUCCCCACCUACAUCCCCAAAUUCCGCAAUGGCUGGGAACCACCCACAGAAAUCUUCCGUGGAGCUCCCUGGGAAAUAGACAUUGGGCACUUGCAAGAGGAGCUCUCCUCAGCCAAUGGAUAUCCUUACCGGAACUCCUCACUCAAGCGUGGCCAGACGGCUGAGCAGACACAGCCCGGGGAUGCCUUCAAACAGAAUGUCACUCCACAUGGAAACAGGAAUUUUGAGGCCCAGGGAGUGGCUGUGCCCAGGAGAUUUGCCAAAAUCCGCUACGAUUUCACUGCACGAAACGCCAACGAGCUGUCGGUGCUGAAGGAUGAAAUCCUGGAGGUGUUGGAAGAUAAUAAGCAAUGGUGGAAGUUGCUCAACCGGAGUGGCCAGGCUGGUUACGUUCCAUACAAUAUCCUGGAUGUGGUGACACUGGAAGAGCUUGAACAGUCUAACCAGAGGUACAAAGGAGACCUGAGCCCCAGGGGCUAUGGCCCAUCCAGUCCAACUCACAAGCUGCCUGCCAGCUACGCUGGGGAUAAGUGGGGCAGUGAGAUGUUAUCACGCAACUCUACACAGGACGCCAAAGAACAACUUAUUCACCAAAUGGAUGAGCUGAACGAUGAGCUGCUAAAGAAGAUCACAAACAAUAAAAUUCAGCCUCCCCACAGGAAUUUCAAAGUGGAAAAGCCUCAGCAAGUUUUUGUGCCCCUCACCUUUGAAUCCAGCACUGAAGAAGUCAAAGCCUGGCUGGAGGCCAAGUCAUUCAGCAAAGAGACCGUGGAACACCUGGGCAUCCUCACCGGAGCUCAGCUCUUCUCCCUCAACAGAGAGGAGCUGAAGAAGGUGUGUGGUGAUGAGGGGAACAGAGUGUACAGCAAGAUCACGGUGGAGAAAAACCAGCUGGAGAAAAGCAGAGGGGAGUCAGAGCUCCAAGAGAUCAUGAAGCGCCGCCAGGAAAGGAUUGACUCUGCUAAUUAAAGUCUCUCUGCUUUAUUUCAGCUCUUAGCCCUCAGUAGUGCAGAAAAAAGGGAAUGAAAGUAAUGAUUGCCGGCCCAGGCCGGAGGCAGCAGAGCUCCCCUUGGGCUCCAGCUGCCAUCAGAGUGACAAUUCCUCCAACACUCUUGGGAAGGGUUGGCAAUAAGACCACAUUCCACUGGGAAAGGUGUUUUAAUUUUGCAUGAAGUAUUUUUUUUAUAACUAUGUAUUUUAUA